CAGCAUAUAGACUUACAAUGUGUGCGCGCUUUCGAGGUCCCAAAUGAUCGGAUUGGGACACGAGCAGCGUGCCUGCUGUGUAUCUGCGGCUGUCGGUUUCCAGCACAGCGCCCGCCGCCUCAGGUAGGGCUCAUAUGUGGGAAGAUGGCGACGGAUAAACACAAACAUGAAGGCAGAGUGAAAAUUGGACAUUACAUCCUCGGAGACACGUUAGGAGUGGGGACUUUCGGAAAAGUUAAAGUGGGCCAACAUGAACUGACCAAGCACCAGGUAGCUGUGAAGAUCCUGAACAGGCAGAAGAUCCGCAGUCUGGAUGUAGUGGGCAAGAUUCGCCGUGAGAUCCAGAACCUCAAGCUCUUCAGACACCCACACAUAAUUAAACUGUACCAGGUGAUUUGCACACCGACCGACAUAUUUAUGGUUAUGGAAUAUGUGUCUGGGGGAGAGCUCUUUGACUACAUUUGCAAAAAUGGAAAGCUCGAUGAGAAGGAGAGCCGACGUCUGUUCCAGCAGAUAAUUUCAGCAGUGGACUACUGCCACAGACACAUGGUGGUACACCGAGACCUCAAGCCGGAGAAUGUCCUCUUAGACGCUCACAUGAACGCUAAAAUCGCUGACUUCGGAUUAUCAAAUAUGAUGUCGGAUGGGGAAUUCUUGCGGACCAGUUGUGGCUCCCCUAAUUAUGCAGCUCCUGAAGUCAUCUCGGGGAGGCUGUAUGCAGGACCUGAGGUGGAUAUCUGGAGCAGUGGAGUGAUCCUGUAUGCUCUGCUGUGCGGGACGCUGCCCUUCGAUGAUGACCAUGUGCCAACGCUUUUCAAGAAGAUCUGUGAUGGCAUCUUCUUCACCCCACAGUACUUGAAUCCUUCAGUUAUCAGCCUUCUCAAACACAUGCUGCAGGUGGACCCCAUGAAGAGAGCCACCAUUAAAGAGAUCCGGGAGGACGAGUGGUUUAAACAGGACCUACCCAAGUAUCUGUUUCCAGAAGAUGCUUCUUACAGUACCACCAUGAUUGACGAGGAAGCACUGAAGGAAGUGUGUGAGAAGUUCGAGUGCACAGAGGAGGAGGUGCUCAACUGCCUUUACAGUCGGAAAAACCAGGACCCUCUUGCGGUUGCAUACCAUCUGAUCAUAGAUAACCGGCGCAUUAUGAGUGAAGCCAAAGACUUCUACCUGGCCACAAGUCCCCCGGACUCCUUCCUUGAUGAUUUGCCUGCUCACCACUUUGCCAAGCCUCACCCAGAGCGAGUGCCCUUCCUGGUGGCUGAAACUCAACCACCGCGACCCCGUCACACUCUGGAUGAACUCAACCCCCAAAAGUCCAAGCACCUGGGUGUUCGCCGUGCUAAGUGGCACUUAGGCAUUCGUAGCCAGAGCAGGCCUAAUGAUAUCAUGAGUGAAGUCUGCCGAGCCAUGAAGCAGCUUGACUAUGAGUGGAAGGUCGUUAAUCCUUAUUAUCUACGCGUGCGGAGGAAGAAUCCAGUUACAGGCCUCCAAACUAAGAUGAGCCUGCAGCUUUACCAAGUGGACAGUAGGACCUAUCUACUGGACUUCAGGAGCAUAGAUGAUGAUAUUUUGGAGACAAAGUCGGGUACUGCUACGCCGCAUCGCUCCGGCUCGGUUGGCAACUACCGAACUACUCUAAAGAACGAUAAGAGUGAGAGGAACGGAUCAGAGGAGGUGAUAAAGGGUGAAGGCUCAGCCCCCUCCACACCCCCAGUAGGUGGGGCUAAGCAGGCAGAGGGCUCUCUUGCGUCUUCGCUGACCUCCUCAGUUGAUUCGGCAGGAGGAGAGACAUACCCGCGGCCCGGCAGUCACACCAUUGAAUUCUUUGAAAUGUGUGCUAACCUCAUCAAGCUGCUGGCACGAUAACUUGCCGUUGCUCUCACGCCUUUUUUUCCCCCCACUUUCCCCUGUCUUUCUGCUUCUCUUGCUUCUUGGACUUCCUACCUUUUCUUUCCAUCUCCAGCAAUUCCUUUCUCUCUCUCUCUCUCUCUCUCCCCCCCCCUCUCUCUGUGCUUGUCUUCUUCUCUUCUUGCUCGCUCUUUCUUUCUUUCUAAGUGUCUUUAGAGCAAUAAGCAUGCAAGCAGGCGUCUCACGGCUCCAUGAAUCCCACACGCACAACCAAGCCGAUUGGUCUGUGGUACUGCUACAGUCCGUUUUUGAUGGUGAAUGAGGAGAUGACAGUAGAGCUGAGCCUCUUGAGAAAGGGAAAGCAUGUUUUUCAUGCCACAGACAAGAAGUCCAAAAGAUUGUCUAGCCACUUUAUAAUAACUAUAGAAUAUUCUUUUAGAGCUGGUUUUACAAUUGUUUAUUGAUGGGCUUGUUGGCCCGCGGUGGAAGUGUUGGAAAUGUGUGCACGAUGAUUUGUUAUACACUGAGCUAGCUGUACUGUAUAUAACGGCACCACAAAGAGAGAGCGAAUGAGGCAGAAUGCACUUUUGCACAGGUUUUUCUUCACAUGCUUCUGCUGGCCAAUGUUAUAAAAGAAGCAAGUAAUUCC